ACGGGUUUCUGCAUAGCUCGUGGGAUCAGGAAGAAAACCUAGCCGUCGCUUCGGAACGGUGGAAAGGGAGAAACCCCGCGUCCCUCUCUAAAGACGGAGCUUCUCUCGCUCUCACGGUGGAGCCGAGAGUGGGUUUUAUUUCUUGGGGUUUCCCCUGACUUCCCUCGUAACUCUAGAUCCUUGUUUCUUGUUCUCGCUAGCGAAACCCUAGAAAUCGAUAGAUAAUAAUGGCGAAGCGCGAGCUCUCCAACACGCUCAAGAACUUGAAGUUCAUGCAAAGGGCGGCUCAGAGAGAAGCGAAGCCAAAGGAGGAAAGUGUAAAGGCCGAUGGGAGGUUCGGUGGUUCAGCCGUCCCUACCAGAAGAUGCAUAGUUAUAAUGGAGGGGAAUCCUCAUCCAGGAGCAUUAAAAGGUCGGAUGUCAUUUCAGAGUUUCAAUCCUUCUAUUGAAAAAUUAAAUGAGGAGGCAACAAACAUCCAUCAAAUGCAAACAAGUUCAUCUAAUAAUGAUCAUCAAAAUGGUGGAAUUUAUAACAGAGUAGAUGGAAGUUCUGCAGUCAGAUCUGAGGACUCAACUAUAGCUAGCCAAGAAAACAUUUCUGACGUAGACCUCAAAAGGAAGAAGCCAGAAAUGGAAAUGGAAACAUCAUCACCUCAUAAGGUGCUGAAAAGUGUAAGUGGGGAUGGUGAUGGACAAUCAUCCUCCAAGAUUAAUAGGAAAGGUUCUUAUAAGCAGCACAAGCGUGAAAAGCUGGACUGGAAUGUUCUCAGACCACCAAAAUCAACAAAUAAGGUGUUUUAUCAUGGAUGUGAACUCUGUUAACAAUUUGCAUGGUCUAAAGGGUUGAAUCCUUCUCUCCAGUUUAAAGGUAUUCUCUACACUGGAUGGUUCCCAAUACGGUGGCUUAGUCAGAUUUAGGUCUUCACUCCAUCUACAAGAUGUAUUUUUCAUCUGUGUGUGUGUGUGUGUGUGUGUGUGUGUGUGUGUGUGUGUGAG